GAGCGAGCUCGGCACUGCUAGCAAUCGGGCCGAUGAGCCGUAGAAUUCGAACUUCGCUGUCACGCCUCGCUAACGGCGCCUAUCUUGCCUCUUACCCCCAGUCUGCGUCUCCUACCACAACAGAGACCCCACCGUACCUUCGGAAGCCCAGAGUCGAGCGUCUACCUUCAUCGCUGCAAUGGCCGAAACGGAUCAUGAAGAAACAAUCCUGGACUAUAUUGAGUGCCCGGAACCAUGGCAGUAUGUGCCACCCUCGUCGACGGGUGAGGGGAGGCAGCUCUUGAAGCUGGACAAGCGAUGCUUUGUGACGGGCUUCCCCGUUGCUGAUCUUUGCGUGGUAUACCUCAUCCCUCCUCCCCGGCGCAGGAAUGCAAGAGAAGUGGAGCAGUAUCAGGCAUUCGAAACACUCGCCACUCGUCAGAAAUUCGCCGGCAAUCAGCAAACCUUCAAGCUCAAAAGCCCCACGAAUGCGAUUUUUUUGAAUGCGACAUUGGCCCGAACGCUCGAAGAGUUCAACGUAUACUGCAUCACAGUGCCCCUUGCCGACUUGAUUGCGCUGAAGGGACAGCUCGAACGCGACAACGCAGAAUGGGCCCAGCGCGCGGAACAAGAUUCCUCGGCAGAGCGGAUCCUAGGCAGCUCCAACGCCCGCCUGCACUCCUACGAUAUCAAGACUCUAGCCAUUCUCAAUUUCUCGCCUCAAUUUCUGCCCCAAGGCUCGACUUUGGUCAUCUUGGGCAACGAAAGCCGCUACCUCGAGCCUGGAGGCAAAAACACCCCAGGCACGCACUACGCGUAUAAUCCCUCGGGCCUGCUUUGCGAGAUCCCCUAUCCUCCUACCUUGCGGAACGACGCGGAGAAGCUGUCUCUGUUUGCGCUGAUUGUACGCGCAGAGAGCAAGCUGAGCACCCUAAUUCCUACGGCUGGCCACAGCUUCUUCGACAUAUCGAUUGUAGUGACUGACCUGAUCGCUGAACACCAACGCGUUUGCGCAGAGCUGGUUCGGGAGAUCUUCUAUACUCCUCCCGGUCUUGCGUGAGCCAUUUAUACAUCAGACCGCGUAGAGUUGUACCUCAAGUAAUGACCGUUGUGUUAAUGUUGUUCAAGGUGAUCAAUUGUAUAGUAUCUGGCUUUCAAGAGACCUCCAUUGCCCCUUCUUUUUCUAACAUGAGGCUAGCGUUAGUUACUCUUGCGAGAUGGGAUCGACUGAGGCAUCCGCAGGCUACCCUAGCCGUGUCGCAUAAUUUUGCCCGAGUGUAAUGGUUUGCAUGCAUUCGAGUGUCUUAUCAUCCC